AUGAAGCAUUAUGCAGACUCAGGGAGGAGCAAUGUGGAGUUCAAAGUUGGUGACAAGGUCUUUCUGAGGAUGGACCCAGUUCAGUUUAAGACACCCAAGGGGUUGAGUGCAUCACUUGGUCGCAGAUUUGAUGGACCAUUCACAAUCGCAGGGAGGAUUGGGAAAGUUGCAUACAAGCUGAAGUUACCGAUGCAUCUUAGAGUCCACAAUGUUUUCCAUGUCAGCCAACUCCAUUCGUAUCAUCAUGAUAAAGAGGACAACAGCAGGAACAUACCAGCCCGAGGACCAGCAUUUGUUAAGGAUAGGCCGGGACUAGAUGUGGAGGAAGUGAUCGCUAUAAAGGAGCGAGGAUUUGGAAACAGGAAGUGGAAGGAGUUCUUAGUGGAAGUUGUGGUGACGGACAUAUGGAUAUGGCCAAGCUACAGAUGUGUGAGAACUGGACGAAAAACUUAUAUAGGGGGAAGCAGAGUACCCCGACCAUUCGCGAGAGAACGUAUCUACAUUGUGCUUUACUUUCCCACAGGCGAAGGUUCAUGGUGGAGAAAUCCAAGGAGGACCAAAACAGCAUUCCAACGAGCAAAGGUGUUCAGAAUGAUGGAGAGCAGAGGUGAAGUAGGAGCAGCAGCAGAGAGUUUACGUGAGAAGCUACAGCCAGGGGCGAGGUGCAGUGGUGUUUGUACUGGUGUUUCAAGAGUGGACAUUGAUCCAGGGGCGGGAACUUGUAAUCGGGUUUUGGAGCUUGGGGGUGCUUCCAGGCAUAGUCCGAGUUCUUGGAAGUGCUUGGAUCUCACAGACAAGUACCUAAAAGAUCGUCGGUGUCGCACGGGAAAACCUAGCCCCGUGACACACAUAUACUAUUUGUUCCGUGUUAAAUAUAUACAAAUUAAUGCCUCUCGCCUCUGGUUGAUUCCGUUGCCGUUUUCUUUUAUACUGGCAGCAGGGCAAGUGGCGGUGAAUAAGGGAAGAUGGCAACUCUUGGUAGAGAAGGGUGGCGUCUCGGCCAUGCACAUGACCACCACAUACAAAAACACGGUUGUUAUGUUCGACCGAACCAACUUUGGCCCUUCACAGCUCCUGCUGGAUAAUGGGCGGUGCCGUGACAACCCGCAGGACCAGGCCCUGACCCACGACUGCUGGGCUCACUCCAUCGAAUACAACAUAGCCACCAACACCAUCAGGCCGCUCAUGGUAUUCACCGAUACCUGGUGCUCGUCUGGAGCGUUCGCAGCCAACGGGACCCUCGUUCAAACGGGCGGGUGGCGCGACGGAGGCAUAGAUAUGCGUUACUUUGUUCCUUGCUCCGACGCCUCCUGUGACUGGGAUAAUUCUCAGCCUGUUAAGCUUCUUGCCAACCGCUGGUACGCCUCGAACCAGAUCCUUCCGGACAACCGCAUCAUCGUGGUGGGAGGCACGGGUGUGUUUAACUACGAGUUCGUUCCCAGGAGGCCCGGUGAGGGAAAGUACAACCUGCCGUUCCUCAUCCAAACCCGAACCAGUACCCAAGUAGAGAACAACCUGUAUCCCUUCCUCCAUCUCUCCUCCGAUGGGAACCUCUUUAUCUUCGCCAACAGGGACUCCAUUCUCCUCGACUACAAAAACAACGUGGUGUUGAAAACAUUCCCCAGAAUGCCGGGCGACGGCCCACGGAACUAUCCUUCCACGGGCUCUUCCGUCAUGCUUCCUCUCUCUGCAUCCAAUGGCUUUACCAAGGUGGAAAUCCUCAUCUGCGGUGGUUGCCCAGACAAUGGUUUCGCCGCCGCCAAAGCCGGUAAUUUCAUUCCCGCCCUACGCAGCUGCGGAAGAAUGGUCAUCACGGACACCAAUCCUUCGUGGAGCAUGGAAGACAUGCCCGGCCCAAGAACCAUGUCUGACAUGCUCAUUCUCCCCAACGGCGAAAUUCUGAUCAUAAACGGAGCGGCCAAAGGUGUGGCCGGCUGGGACAUGGCCAACACACCCGUCUUCACGCCCUACCUCUACAGACACAGUCUACCCGCCGGGCAACAGCGUUUCUACGUUCUGGCAGCCACCGGUAUCGCAAGAAUGUACCACUCCACUGCCAACGUAUUGCCCGACGGGAGAGUUAUGGUGGGCGGCUCCAACCCACACUUCAAUUACAUUCUCACGGGAACGCAAUUCCCAACGGAGCUCCGUUUGGAAGCGUACAGCCCCUAUUACUUGGAUAAAACGUAUGCCCCCCUUCGCCCUAGGAUAACUGCCAUGUCUCCGAGAUCCAAUAUUGCCUACGGCGCCACCUUCAGAGUGACGUUUUCAAUUUCAUCCGGUCUGACGAGUAACAGCAAUGUAGUGUUUAGUGUGUACUCUCCACCCUUCACGACUCACACCACAUCCAUGAGCCAGAGGAUGCUCUCGCUUUCCGCUUCUAGUCCGGUCCUCGUUCCUAAGUCCACCAAUGUUUAUUCUUCGACUGUACAAGCUCCCCCAUCGGCUGUGGCUGCCCCUCCCGGAUAUUACAUGCUGUUCGUUGUUAAUGGCGGUGUUCCCAGCAAAGCUCGAUGGGUUCAUUUCUCCUAG